GGGAACUGCGGAACAUGAGCGGAGCCGAGGCUUAGCUGCCCUCCCGACGCCAACCCGUUCGCUACCGAUGUCGACGCCAUCUUCGCGACGGCACGUGGGUGGGAGGGGAGCGGCCACAGGUUUCAUCUGGACUCGGUGACUCCACGCCGGUGUGUCCUUACCACCUGCUGUUAAGAAACGCAGUCCUAAAUCUGGACUCGGUGGACUGGCUGCGCACGACUGGGACAAGGCAAAGCAAAGGCGAAUGUGACAUCGGUGAUGUCACAGAGAAGAGUGAUGCGCCCCUUAAUGAUCAACCUCGUCUCUUUUUCUUUGCAUCCCAAGCGCCACCGAUUGUAGCCAUGACUUGCUUCCGAGUGACCCCGACGUGGACACAUGUCGACUCGGAUGAUUUCCGAACGGCGAGAAAGCAGUGAGGAGCGCGUUUGGGCGACGACAUCCUUAUGCAUCCCGCAUCUCCCGCAUCGCCAUGUUCCCAUCCUUUCGGUCGUCAGGAAAUCCCCCAGCGGGGGUCAGGACAGCGGCGUUCCCUUUCAUCAGCCCCAUCGUCCCGACGACGCCGAAGGUUACUGUGCUCAGCAAAAGCAAAGGUGGUCCAUACAGGCAUGAGGUUUCGGAGACACCCACGCGGGCCAAGACGGGGGAGCACGGCGACUUCUUGGACCGUCCCAAACCCGCCCGGGGAGUCAGGCACGCCUUGUACGCCGCGCCCACGAGGGCCGUGCUGCCCAAGCCCAAACCUUGCGACGGGGACUUGACGGCUUCCGAGCGGACGAGUAACAUUUUGAGGAAUAUGGACAAGAUGCACUGGAUCACCUCUUAUCAGAUGCACUACCAAGACUUGCAGCAGUCUUGUAAGAUGGAGGACAGCCGGACGUCAGAAAUGAGCGAGCCCCCCGGGAGGACUUCCCUUUCGGCACCGCGGGGAACGGAGAGAGAUCGAUCCGUUUACGUGCUGGUUCCCUCGAAACUGCGACAAGAAGCCAGAAGACGCCAGGGGAGAAACGCCAAGAGCACCUACGCCGACACCUUUUUGAAGCCGUCGUCGAACCGAAGCGCCGAUCGAACGACGACGUGCGAGUGCGACCGAGCCGCGGAUCGGCGCCAAAUGGUCCCCGACCCCCCGGUCGCCGUUUCCUCCGGAGCAGAACCCGCCGAAUCUUCGGUCCCGAGUCGAGCGGAGAGCAAGGCGGAGGCAAAAGUGCAUUUUGACGAAAAUCCCGCAAAGCCCCCGGCGGCGACGAACACCCGAGACGCCAAACGCAACCUGCCGCGGCUCCGCGUGCUGCCCGGCAUCGCGCCCGUGGGACGAGCCGGCGCGAUCGGGGAAGGGGACGCCGGCGGGCUUCUGGGCCUGCAAAGCUCUUAUUCCAGGUCCAAGGCCCACCGGGCCUUCAACAGCUCCAUCAACUACAAGUCGCUCAACCUGCGGGACAACGUCUUCGUCGGCAAGAAGCACAACUUCUACGGCCUCAACUGCAACGUCAUCCACUGAUGGUCUCGCCCGCCGAUUUUAAGCCGGCCGGGACGGUGAAUUGGAGUCGGAUUGCGCGAAAAGUACCGAGUGACCUUUUUUGCUCGAAACUCUUUCAAUGCCGAAAAGUCACAUCUCCAAUGUCCAAAAGUAAAAAAAGGCAAACAUUCAAGGGAGGAAAUUAAAAAAACGGUUGGGUGAAAAGGCGCCUUUGCGACACCAAGUCCUUGAGGCUCCGCCCUCGGCUCGGAUUCAUCUCACAUUCUUUUCAUUUUUCGUUCAUUCAUGCGUGAAUAGAACGACGUUCACAUCUGACCGAAGAGAAACGCGGAACGGCUCGAACUUUGUACCGCUCGCUCGUCCGCCGGCAUCGCUUCAGUUCUUUUCAUGUGCGCGCGUUCAAAGGACUUUUAUGCAAUUUUGUUUUGAUUGCGGCACGGCGCAGGAACUCCUGCAAUAAAAGUUGGGUUGUUUUCUCUCCUUCGUGUAUUUGCCCGCGCACAAAAUUCAUCAAAUCCUCCACUCGAAAGGACCCGCUCGGAUCGACUAAUGGAUACGUACACUUAUUUUCCGGCAGGAAAUUCAAAACAUAAGUACACUAGAGGCGCAGAUUUAGGGAUUUAAUUUAGUUUUUGUACGCGUUAUGUUUUGAUUGAGACUCUCAAAUGCAUUAAGCAUUAAGCAACGUAUUAUUAAAGCACAAUAAAAUGGCAAUGUAACUUACUGAGAUGCUUUCCGUAUGUAUAUUGAACGGCGGCACGAUGUAUCAGCUGGAAAGUAUUUGCCUCGCAGUUCGGAGGUCCCGGGUUCAAUCUCGGCCCGCGUGAGGCACUCCGCUUUCCUACCAAUCCCCAAAAACAUUAAUUGGACGCUCUAAAUUGUCCAUAGGUGCGAUUGUGAGUGCGGCCGUUUGUGUCGAUGUGCCCUGCGAUUGCCUGGCGACCAGUUCAGGGUGUAACCCGCCUCAUGCCCGUUGACAGCUGGGAUAGGCUCCGGCACUCCCUGCGACCCUUGUGAGGAUAAGCGGAUGAGAAAAUGAAUGGAUGGAAGUAAAAAUGUGCAGACUUUAAAAAUACAAACUGAUAACUAUAUACACAACAUACACAGCAUUUUGAUCAAUUUGCAUGAUGAAAAAUCAUGCACAUUUUCAUCUUUUAUUAUCUUCCAUAUUGGAGGUUCGCCCCCUCGGAGAAGUUGCAUGUCCCAAAACCUCUUCCCAAAGCUUUGGUGCCACCUCAGUAUCACAACAAAUGUCCAUGCAUCCAUUUUCUUUGCCGCUUAUCCUCACGAGGGUCUGAGCCUAUCCCAGCUGUCAACAGGCAGGAGGCGGGGCACACCCUGAACAGGUUGCCAGCCAAUCGCAGGGCACAGGGAGAUAAACAGUCUCACAAUCACACCUAGGGGCAAUUUGUCCAAUUAAUGUUGCAUGUUUUUGGGAUGCAGGAGGAAACCGGAGUGUCCGGAGAACACGCAAAGUCCACACAGGCGGGUCCGGGAUUGAACCCGGAACCUCAGAACUGUAAGGCCAACGCUUUACCAUCUGAGCCACCGUGCCACCCACGUUAAAUUAGCUAAGUACCAAGUGAUAAAAGACACCUGACUUCCUGUAUGGUUGUUAUUCUUCAGAUCCUUUUUGAACGUCAGAAGAAAAGAUUUGCCGCACAUCCAUCUUUUUGUCCAAGAAGGUUGGAGAAUUUCUUGCUCCUCUUAAAAAGUUGCUCUCAUCAUCAUCCUUCCAAGCUUACCUUCCGCCAUUUUGGUGCAUCACUGUUUUAUUUAUUUUUUGCACAUAAUAAUAAGAUCCCCAAGAUCUGAUGUCAAGAUCAUCAACAGAACAGAAAGCAAUGGCCAGAAAAAUAAGAAAUUGAAGUUGAAGUACAGACACUUGAAAAAUGAGAAAUUAAAGUAUAUACACUUGAAAAAUGCUCUUA